ACAACUACUACUACAACGCCAACAACUACAACUACUACUACUACCACUACCACUACCACUACAACACCAACAACAACUACAACUACUACUACAACGCCAACAACCACUACAUCUACGACCACUACCACCACUACAACGCCAACAACUACAACUACUACCACUACAACCCCUACAACUACACCUACUACUACGACUACAACCACUACUCCAACACCAACAACCACUACAACUACGACCACUACCACCACUUCAACACCAACACCUACUACUACACCAACUACUACCACUACAACACCAACAACCACUACAACUACAACACCAACAACUACAACUACUACAACUGCAACACCAACAACCACUACAACUACAACACCAACAACUACAACUACAACUACAACUACUACAACUACUACAACUACAACACCAACAACCACUACAUCUACUACUCCAAUGCCAACAACUACAACUACUACAACUGCAGAUACUACAACUACAACACCAACAACCACACCAACUACUACUACAACGACAACAAUUACAACUACUACCACUACAACGCCAACAACUACUACUACUACCACUACAACUACAACACCAACAACCACUUCAACUACUACUACAUCACCAACAACCACUACAACUAUGGCCGUUACCACCACUACAACGCCAACAACUACAACUACUACUACUACUACCACUACAACGCCAACUACUACAACCACUGCUACUACAACACCAACAACUACAACUAUCAUUACCACUACAACACCAACUACGAGAACUACUACCCCUACACAAACUACUAUGACUACAACCACUUUACCUCCAACAGCCACAACACCGAUUACUACUUCUACAACAACAACAACAACGACAACCGCAACCACACCAAGUACAACUUAUACAACAUCUACUUUAAGGCCCACAUCAACAAGACUAACCAUACCCACAACCACAAUGCAUUCACCAACGACCUCUACUGUUACCAUAACGCCCAGAACAGGGUAUACCUUUACAACGCCAACAAGUACACCAACGACAAUGACAACUGCAACACCGACAACGACUAUAACGAGAACUACAUCAGAUUCAACACGUAAUACGACCGAUGAAGAAGAUGAGACAGGGGGAGGGCGUGUCCAGGAUAAGGAUGAAGAGGAUGGGACCCCAGGGGUCACUGACAGACCAACUGUAACGAUCAUAACAGUGUCUCUUAUAACGGGGCUGCUAUUCCUCGGAUUAAUGAUCCUACUGCUAGCACUGCUGUGUCGAAGAUAUCCUUUCGCAUUUCGGUCGAAGUCAAGAUCCACGAAUUCCUCUCGACUAGGGACGGAUUCUGACACGCUGAAAAUCCCUCGUCCGUUUGUUGCAUAUUUGCCUUUUUACUACACCCCAUAUUCAACAUGGCGGAGCGCCUACUAUGCAGAUAUGCCCAUGUAUUACUAUAACAAUGGCUAUGUAUUUGAAGGGGAUGAAUCGGUAAAGGGCCCGUUGUAGGCAAUUUACCAACACACUUGCGAUUGUGAUGACAGAACCUAAAGGUAAGCAAUGUUGUCAAGCAAGGACAUAGUGAUACGCUGAUGGACUGCGUUAUCAGCAACACCCUAUUCACGUUGGGAUACAUUUUGUGGCGAUAUCGGUCAUUUUUCAUGAAGUAACUGAUAUGGUGUCGUCGGUGUCUUAUUGUGACAUCAUAUGUAUGAUGAAUGCAUUUUGACGUCAUUGACAUGAUGGUCCGAAUUCAUUAUGACGUCAUCGCACAGUAGGGACGUCAAAAAUAGUGAUUCCAUUCUGCGGACCAGCUCGAUAUUGAAAAGAAGCGGGCGUGAUGGAGACGGGAAUGACGUAACGGACGUGAAUCCUGAGCAAAAAAACGGAAGCACAACCUGCGCGGAAACGGAAGUGUAUCAUGCGCAGUACCGGAAGUGUUUCGUCGGUAUUACAGAUAAACAAUUUCCUUUUACACAGACGAUUGUGUGAGGUGCCGUUUGGGAAAUGGGGUGAAUGUUGAUCAGUUUUGAUUGACAGUGCUGAUGAUGCUAUCCUUGUACUGUGAAUAGGACGUCAAUGUGAAGUGAAUCUUAAGCUUGUUAUAUGCUUCAUACUUGCCACUCCCUCUGCAUUGUGUGAUGAUGGAAUAACUACCAGCUCACACAGUGAGACAUGAAUGACUACCAGCUCACACAGUGAGACAUGAAUAACUACCAGCUCACACAGUGAGACAUGAAUGACUACCAGCUCACACAGUGAGACAUGAAUGACUACCAAGUGGACAUGUGGUGCGGUGUUUAUGUGACUGAUUCAGAUGGCAAUGAAACAAGUGUUAUUCUCCUCAGCAAAAAAAUCCUCCUUGGAAUGUAUAUAUAAAUAUACACGUGGAUAAGUUAAGCACCGCUAGCUAUACAUUUUCAUAUAAAAUACUUAUAGUCAUUUGUUAAAAUCAAACCACAUUUGCUUUUGUUAACAAUGUAACUAUUUAAAUAUAUCAUGGGCUCAUUAGUUUCGAUGUUCAUUCAGCGCACAGUACUGACGUCACGUAUAGUGUUCCAAGAGUAACUUCAAGUUAACAAGUGUAUAAUUAAAGGAUAUAUGACAGUUUGAACACAUGAAGACAAUGAAUCUUUAAUAACAAAGCAUGAUAUUCAUGACAUCACAGUCUGAUGUGUGUUUGUAUGACGUCAAGGGUAUCUUGGCCUCAUUUCCAAUUCAUUAUGACGUCAGCGCACAGUACUGACGUCACAUAGAGUGAUUCCAUUUAGCUGUCUAGCUCGGUAUUGGAUCAGGAGGUAACGGUGCAAAUCCAUGUCUUGAACGAUGUAACGGAAGUGCAUCCUGCAAAAUAUAAAUAUUAAAAUCUUAGAAAGGCAUUUACAAGUGAAACACGUAAAGAAGAGAAUUAAUAGAUGUCGAACUCUUUUUUUAUGAGGAACACAACGUUUCGGAGUAUGUGCUAACUCCUUCAUCAUGCACGUGGAGUUGACAUCCGUAUUUUUUUCUUCCUCAAUAACGAACGUGUAUAAUGCGCAGAAACGGAAGUUAAUGACACACUAUUUCUUGUUAUAUUUAUAUGAUAAUUACAUCAUGAUGUACAUGGUUAUAUGAUGAACGGUUUGGAAAGUGAUGUGUAUUUUCAACAACUUUAAUGAACAUGGCCAAUGAGUCUGACCUUGUACUGUAAAUAGGAAAUCGUAUCCUUCUGUGUUUGUUAUAACAAACCACAUUUGUUUUUGUUUACAUGUUCAUAUUGAAAUAUAGAACCCGCAAUCGGCUCUCUAGUGACAUGCGCACCGCGACAGGAACUGCUUCACUGCCCUUUCAUUUGCUUCCACUGCUUCUCUGCGUAAUAUGAGAUGACGCAGUACUUCAGACUACCGGGAGGAACAUAGUGUUCACACAGGUGAUGAUGAUACCUUGGACAUUUUUCAACAUGAGAUCAAUGUAGGUAUUUCAAAAGUACAGUAAACUACGGUUAUAACGAACUCAAAUGGACCACUAAUUUUAGUUCGUUAUAACCGUAGUUCGUUAUAAGCAUAUAUAAAACAUCUAUACAGCAAAUGGCCGGGACCAGAAUAAAGUUCGUUAUAUCCGUCAGUUCGUUAUAAGCGUGUUCGUUAUAAACGUAUUUUACUGUAUUCAUAUCUACAAGUGCUUAACAUUUUUACAGAUGUAUAUUUAAAUCAUGUCUUUAUUUCCGUUUUGGAUAUGGAACAGACGCCCUACUAAUUUAUGGUUUCUGUUCCCAUUUACGUUUGGGUGGGGUCGGGUCGAAUACGUUGAUUUUGAGAAAGAAAUUUGACUAUACAUUUGUAUUUAUACUACGUAUUGGAGCUUUGAGUGUGUUGUGAGACAGGUGCCUACAUGCUGAUAUUAAACAGGAGCUGAUGUGUGCAAUACAGACGGCCCAACACCCAUCUACGUGGAUCUAGUCUCAUGUGUUUUUCAUGAUUUGUUUAUGGUGCCUUUUUAUAUUGGCUCCUGGCUUUGGGUAGAUAUACAUGUCCAUUCAUGCAUUUCUUAUUAUGUACCAUUUUCACUUGUUUCAAUCGCUUGUUGCAAGGGAGUAACAUUAUUCACGAGUUGUCAGGAUUUUUUUGUCAGAGUUUCAGUUUUAAAUCAAUUCUGGUUUUUUAAUAAAUAAGUUUUCAUAUGUUUCAUGAAAAACACCCUCAAUUAUCCUCAUCCAGUUAACCCUAACACCCUGGACCCAUUCAAUUAGCUUCAUUUUUAGUCUGAUAAGAAUCGCAGGAGGCUGAAAAUAGUGUCCAAUCAAAUUACUCUCAUGAGCAAGAAACAUUCUGUGAUCAGUGAGAAUCACCCUCAAAGAUACACCCUGAUACACGAAUCUCCCACACAGAAACACCCUGAUACAGCCACGAAUCUCCCACACAGAAACACCCUGAUACACAGCCACGAAUCUCCCACACAGAAACACCCUGAUACAGCCACGAAUCUCCCACACAGAAACACCCUGACACAGCCACGAAUCUCCCACACAGAAACACCCUGAUACACAGCCACGAAUCUCCCACACAGAAACACCCUGAUACAGCCACGAAUAUCCCAUACAGAAACAUCCUGAUACAGCCACGAAUCUCCCACACAGAAACAUCCUGAUACAGCCACGAGUCACCCUCAAAGAUACACCCUGAUACAGCCACGAAUCCACCACACAGAAACACCCUGAUACAGCCACGAAUCUCCCACACAGAAACACCCUGAUACAGCCACGGAUCCACCACACAGAAACACCCUGAUACAUAGCCACGAAUCCUCACACAGAAACACCCUGAUAUACAGCCACGAAUACACCACACAGAAACACCCUGAUACAGCCACGAAUCUCCCACACAGAAACACCCUGAUACAUAGCCACGAAUCCACCACACAGAAACACCCUGAUACAGCCACGAAUCUCCCACACAGGAACACCCUGAUACAGCCACGAAUCUCCCAAACAGAAACACCCUGAUACAGCCACGAAUCCACCACACAGAUACACUCUGAUAUACAGCCACGAAUCUCCCACAUAGAAACACCCUGAUACAGCCACGAAUCCACCACACAGAUACACUCUGAUAUACAGCCACGAAUCUCCCACAUAGAAACACCCUGAUACAGCCACGAAUCUCCCACACAGAAACACCUUGAUACAGCCACGAAUCUCCCACACAGAAACACCCUGAUACAGCCACGAAUCUCCCACACAGAAACACUCUGAUACAUAGCCACGAAUCUCCCACACAGAAACACCCUGAUAUACAGCCACGAAUCUCCCUCACAGAAACACCCUGAUACAGCCACGAAUCUCCCAAACAGAAACACCCUGAUACAGCCACGGAUCUCCAACACAGAAACACCCUGAUACAGCCACGAAUCUACCACACAGAAACACCCUGAUACAGCCACGAAUCUACCACACAGGAACACCCUGAUACAGCCACGAAUCUACCACACAGGAACACCCUGAUACAGCCACGAAUCUACCACACAGAAACACCCUGAUACAUAGCCACGAAUCUACCACACAGAAACACCCUGAUACAGCCACGAAUCUCCCACACAGGAACACCCUGAUACAGCCACGAAUCUCCCACACAGAAACACCCUGAUACAGCCACGAAUCUCCCACACAGGAAACACCCUGAUACAGCCACGAAUCUCCCACACAGAAACACCCUGAUACAGCCACGAAUCCAACACACAGAAACACCCUGAUACAGCCACGAAUCCACCACACAGAAACACCCUGAUACAGCCACGAAUCUACCACACAGAAACACCCUGAUACAGCCACGAAUCUACCACACAGAAACACCCUGAUACAGCCACGAAUCUACCACACAGAAACAAAGGAGGAGGUUACGUCACUUCCCGAAUGGGUCAAGGUAUUCCUAAAAAUAAAAAUGGAGAUAUAAUCCUCUCGAAAAUAAUAAGCCGUAUCUUAAAGAAGCAAGACAGAUGUUUUUGUGGGAUUUUGCUUCUUGCUUCUUACUGACAUUCAGCAUUUGUACUUCGUUAUAUUUUGUUUAUAUUUUGUAUCCUUCAAACAUUUUAUUCAUUGCAACAAGAUCAUGGAAACAAAUCACUUAUCUCUGUGAACAUUAUGUAGACGAUGAACGUAUAUAUCGGUACCAACAUUUCGUCUUUCAUUUGUGGAUGAAUGUAUGUCACUUUAAAUAAAACCGUGUAAAUUUAAUGGAGAAAUAAAGUUUUAUAUGAUUU